AUCAAUUUUGGGGCAAAUAUUGCCCGAUGUUUUGUGUCUUUCAGGAUUGUUUUGUUUAUUUGUUGGAAUGCCGCAGUAAAAUGAGCCAAGUUUGUCGUUUCUGUGGCCAAAAUACCCCAAACUCCCUGAAUCUACUGAAAAGUCCCUCCGUGGUGGCUAAUGUGGAAAUGUGUCUCGCCAGGAAGGUCUCAUCUGAUGAUAAACUACCCAUCUACUGUUGCAUCCAAUGCUGCAGUACUCUGGAAAAGUUUGCCAGUUUCAUUGCGAUGGCUGAUGCUACGGAGAAGCGUCUACGGGAGAUGGAAGAAAAGGUUCCGCCGGAGAUUCGCAAUCUUCCCAAUGUCACCACGACACGUCUUUUUCAUCGCAAGCGUGAGAAUAAAAAAAUUCCCGAUACAGAUGAGGAGCAGAAAGAGCCAAAGGGCGAUGUGACGACAAUUGUUAAGAAGCUCCGGGAAAGGUCUGAUCUAACAAUGACUAAAAUUGGCAUGGGCAGCACUUCGGGAGAGACCACAGAAAUCCCUGCUGUGGAGACUGCUGAGAAAACAACCCCACCUGUUACAAUCACCAAUGCUCCCUCCAGCUACCUCUGCAUGAAUUGUCGUGAUAGAUUUGACUCCUUCGAUGCCCUAUCGCGGCACAUGAAGACUCCUGGGCAGUGUCAGAAGAAGGAACACAAAUGCCCAACAUGCUCCCGCACAUUUGAUACACGCAAAAAAUACUACCAACACAGUAUCACCCAUCGGGAAAGGAGUGCCCUCAUCUGCGACCAGUGCGGGAAGAGCUACACAAAUCGCUUCAAUCUUGAGAAUCACAAAUCCUCCGUCCAUGGGGAUGCUGUUGAGGAAUCUGACAGUGCUAUAUACAGAUGCCGCAUCUGCAUGCAACAAUUCACCUCCCGCGUUGAACUCUUCCGGCACAUUGAGGCACAUGACAAAGUCUCCAGACAGCUGCAUCUCUGCGAUAGAUGUGGGAAGUGCUUUGUCUCGCAGGAAGCCCUCAAGACACACAGUCGAACCCACGUGAGCGUACACAAGAGAUGCCCAAAAUGUGGGGAGAAUUUCACGAAAAAAUCCUCUUUAGCAUUGCACGAAUGUCCUGGAAUAGCAUCAAUUGGCAUCAAGCUACCAGCUAAUUGAUAAUCUCACAGUUGCUCUGAUGGAUUAGCAGCCAGUAUUGUAAUUUAAAUGUAAAACAGUGAAAGGAGUUUAUUCAUCGAUUUAAGGAUCGUUUGAUUAAAGGAAACAAUCAGGAUAUGCGCAAACUCACUAAGGAUCAAAAAGAUCACUUUUAUUGGGAUCUUCUUAUCCUCUUUUGAUCCUCCAAUAUUGUGUGUAUAUACAGAUUGUUCUCUUAAUUGAAGUCAUGAUCCAUAGAUUGAUGAAUGAACUACUUUUACAAAGGAGAACAUCAUCCUAAGUCCUACAUUAUGAAGGAUUUAUUAAUUCUUCGCUUUUUUAUUCUAUAAACUUCUUAAAUCUUAAUUCUAAAGAUCUUGCAGCAAAGAAUUAAAAUUAAUUGUAGGUAUUAUUGUAUAAAACAAAAUUUAGAUCACCAAGUAUAAUUUCUUUCAAUGUAAGAUGUAUGCUUAAAUUAAAAUCUCACAAUUUGUGCAAUACAUUUUAAUUUUAUCGUCAA